CUGUGGUAACAUUACCGAGGCUGAGCAGCGGUGGAGCCUAGACACCUGUGGCGGAACGGAUUAUUAUUUGAAAGUCUUUAUCUAACAAAUUUUGUUUACAGCCUCAAAUCCGUGGAAAUGUUCAACAGUAAUCACAGGGACUUUGAUGAAGAUCCGUUCUUCUCGGAUCCUUUCCGGGCUCACAGGGAUCAUAUGCGGCAGAUGAUGCGAAGCUUCUCUGAGCCUUUCGGUGGGCAUGCAAUGCCCAGUAUAACGGAUGGAAGAAAUCAGGGUCGUGGCAUGGCAGAACAUCCUACCUCAUCCGUGGCACUGAGGGACGAACACAGGGAUAUAAGCCGGUCAUUGAUGCCCUUUGGCAGUUUUGACAGCACGGGCACAGCUAUGAACCCUUUCGGCAUGUUCGACAACAUGAUGUCCAACAUGAAAAGCAGGAUGGAGGAGAUGCACCGAAACGUUGAGAACAUGUCCACAGAUUCAAACACCCACUCAUUCAGCUCCUCAUCAGUCAUGACAUAUUCAAAAUCUGGAAAUGAGCCUCCCAAGGUCUUCCAGGCGAGCUCGUCGACACGCCGUGCCCCUGGAGGGAUCAAGGAGACCCGAAAAGCAGUCAAAGACUCUGAGAGCGGUCUGGAGCAGAUGUCAAUUGGUCACCACAUCCAGGACAGGGGACAUGUUGUUGAGAAGAAGUUCAACAAGAAAACAGGAAAUAAGGAGUUCAACCAGGACUUUCAGAAUCUGGAUGAAUCUGAAGCAGAGACUUUUGACGAUGAGUGGCAGCAAGAGGUGUCCAAGUUUCACACAACAGGCCCAAUGUCUCAUUUGGAGGAACCCAGGCUCCGCGGUGUUCACCGGGCAGCCCUCACCGGUUCUGAGCAGAAGCACAGUGACCAAUCAAAAGACAAGGCUGAGGGUAAAAGCAGCAUGAAAGGCUCGGGUUCAACAAAGCAGUGAAAACAUCUGUUUGUGUGCCUAUUAGAGUUUGUCAAGCUUCAUGCAGUACACUCAGCUGCUCUGUACCCCCCCCCCCCCCACACACACACACACACACACACACACUCACACACACAAUGCAUCUGCACAAUAAAGAAUUGAAACCCGCUGAAGAUCACUGCCACCACUGCAGAGGACAUUUGCUCUGCUCUUUAAUGGGUCAAAUUACUCCUCCCAUGUCGCUGUUAUUUUUGAAGCACAUCUCACACUUUAAUUUGAAACACUAGAUGGCUUUCUCAGACGGUUGUGUUACAUAAACUGAAGAUGCUCAACAGUGUGUGUCUGUGUGGCAAGCAAUAAUGUUAUCUUUCACUAGUUUUAAUACUCUUCUAUGCUUAUAGAAUAUGAUUAAAACAAAGAGCUCUUUACUCUUUCAAAACAUCCAGGAAACUGAAAGGGUUAUUAGUAUUUCAUUGUACGCUGCAUUGUGGAAACAGAUUAAGAUAAACUCAUACAAUGUAAGAAAUAUAUUAACAUUUAAUUAAGGGUAGAAGGCACUUAUUAAAUCAUAACACAUUAACAAUGAACAUUUGAUUCAUAAGAUUUGGCAUCACUUGGAAUUUGCUAUCUGAUUGAUAUUUUACUGAUGCCAUCUGUUCAAAUGAUGUCAUUAUCAUAAUGCAACGAGACACAAUGCCGUGACUUAUUGACUGUUUGAAACUUAGUCUGAACUGUCUUUUUGUAAUUAUAUUGUCGUUAUCUGCUGUAAUCUUUGUAAAAAGAAAAUAAUACUCUUCCCUUUUUAUAUGUUACUUUGGUUUCUCUUGUUGUUCAUCAGAUGAACUCGGUACUGCGUAGCACGUUGGGAUUAUUCUCAAUAAUUCUGGCUUUGUUCCUGUAUAUUUUUUCAAGCUUUGAAAACAAAUUAUGUGACAAUGCAGACUAUUGUCUGAAAAUAAAGAAAUAUGACAAUAA